CAACCUCUUCAGAAAGAAGGCAAUAUUUGAUUAUUCUACCAAUUUGCUUGAACUCAAAACAUUUCUUUAAUCUUGCAUUUAAAUCUCUUCAUUAUAAUCUUUCUCCUAGUUUUCUCUCUCCUCAAAAACAAUACAAAAGUUUGAAGAGUUUCAAUCAAACAAUUGAGAGUGUCUGAGAUGGCUCAGGCGGUGGAAGAAUGGUACAAACAGAUGCCAAUCAUCACUCGAUCUUAUCUUACUGCCGCCAUUGUUACGACAAUCGGUUGUUCUCUUGAAAUCAUUUCUCCAUACAAUCUAUACUUGAACCCUCGACUCGUAAUGAAACAGUAUCAGUUUUGGCGGCUUGUUACUAAUUUCUUGUACUUCCGGAAGAUGGAUUUGGACUUCCUCUUCCACAUGUUUUUUCUCGCCCGUUAUUGCAAACUUCUUGAGGAGAACUCCUUCAGGGGAAGAACAGCAGAUUUCUUUUAUAUGCUCUUGUUUGGUGCUACUGUUUUGACCGGAAUUGUUCUUGUUGGAGGAAUGAUCCCAUAUGUGUCUGAGUCGUUUGCAAGAAUCAUAUUCCUUAGCAAUUCUUUGACAUUUAUGAUGGUGUAUGUGUGGAGUAAGCAAAAUCCUUUCAUCCAUAUGAGUUUCUUGGGCCUGUUUACCUUUACAGCAGCUUAUCUACCCUGGGUCCUUUUGGGAUUUUCUAUUCUGGUUGGUGCCAGCCCCUGGGUUGACCUUCUGGGAAUGAUUGCUGGACAUGCAUAUUAUUUCCUUGAAGACGUAUAUCCAAGAAUGACAGGUCGCCGCCCUCUAAGAACUCCGUCCUUUAUAAAGGCAAUGUUUGCAGAGGAACCAGUUGUGAUGGCGCAGCCUGGAAAUGUCCGUUUUGCAGCCCCACAAGCAGAUGAGCUCCAUCAAGAUUAGCCCGCCUUUUAAACCAAGAAGGCUUAAUUGCCGUGUUGGCUUGUAAUUAGUUAUGCGGGGGAUCAGUUGGGGCUGAACACUGAACAGGGUUGUUACCAUUGCAAGAUUUUGUAAGUGAUGACUAACUAAACUAUAUAGGCUAAUGAAUUACUGUGACGCUGUUAAUUUGUUGGGGUUUAGUUGUAACUUAAACUUCCAAUUCGGCCAAUUUGGCUUUUGUGCAGUCAAAGCUUUAAGUCACAGGAUAGUUUCUACAGUAUAAUUCUGUGUGCAUUUGUUGAAUUAUUUCACUCAUUUUUGUGAUUCUACUCGCUAAGAUCUUAUUUUGUU